AAGCUAUAUUUCCCUCUUUUUUAUUUUUAAAUAUAAAUGAUAAAUCUGAAGGCCAUCACAGUUAACUAAAACAAAUAAGAACAAAACAGAGAAGACGGGGGUAUUGUGGUAAUUUCGGCGCCGGAAAAUGCUGUACAUACCUGUAUCUAUCGAUUCUGUUUCUAUAUAAAUUGACACAAGUGUGAAGACGGCGGAAAAAACACCAAAAAAAAGAGGUCCGAAAAUAUUAUAGAAUAAAUAAAUUUACAAUUAAAUAAAAAAAAUAUACUAAUAAGAACAAACCAGAGAAUACGGGGGUAUUGUGGUAAUUUCGCGGCCGAAAAGUGGUGUGUGUAAUGCCUGUAGGCUGUAUCUAUCGAUUUCAGUUAGAGAGCGGAAACUAGAUUCUGUUACUAUAAAUUGACACAAUUGUGAAGAAGGCGGAAAACACCAUUUUCAAUUUUCUGAUCUGCAGCAGUUACAUAAUCUCCCCAGAGCUUCUGCUGCAGUUCAAUUAAACACACACACACUCUGUGUGCUGGUAGUAGACAUGUCAUCAUCAUCAUCUUCAUCGGCGGCGGCGCCGCCUGUGGAGAAGCCUUCUGCGGUAUUUUCCAUCGGAAUCAACGGCCUUACUUCAGUCGUUCUCAGUCAACCUGGUGGCUACUCCGCCGAGGUUCUUCUGUAUGGAGGUCAAGUAAUAUCAUGGAAGAACAAACGUGGAGACGAGUUGCUUUUCAUCAGUAAAAAGGCUGUUUUCGAACCUCAUAAUCCGAUUCGUGGAGGCAUCCCAAUUUGCUUUCCGACGUUCAUCAACAAUGGAAGCACGGAGCAACUUGGAUUUGCUAGGCUCAGAUACUGGGAAGUCGACACCUCCAUCGAUUUAACUACCUCCUCUGAUAAGGCAUCUAUUGAUUUGAUUCUGAGGCCAACUAAUGAUGACUUGUUAAAAUGCCCUAAUCAAUUUGAGUUCCGUUUACGGGUUAUCCUGGAACCGAACGGAGAUCUAAAGAUGAAUUCUCACAUAAGCAAUCUGAAUUCUGAUGGCAAGCCUUUCACAUUCCUAUUUUCCUAUCACACCUACUUCUAUGUUUCCGAGAUCAGGGAAGUUGGGGUUGAAGGAUUGGAGAAAGUGGAUUAUCUAGACUAUCUGCAGAACAAAAAGCGAUGUACUGAACAAGCUGAAGCAAUCACUUUCGACUCUGAAGUGGACAGGGUAUAUCUGAACACUCCUGAUAUAAUCUCAAUUACGGACCGUGAGCUUAAAAGAACUUUUACCAUUCGUAAAAGUUCUAGUCUUCCUGACAUUGUCGUGUGGAAUCCAUGGGAAGAGAAGGCAAGGGAAAUGACUGAUUUGGACACUAUCGAAUAUCGGGAGAUGGUGUGUGUUGAGGCAGCUGCUGUGGGGAGUGAAAUUACUUUGAAGGCCGGGGAUGAAUGGACCGGGACCCACCAUCUUUCCGUUUGCCCGUGGACUUUAGGGAAGGGCUGCUAAAUUUGCUGAAUCGCCCGUGUAGUAACUCAUCGUAGAUACAUGUAGUAUUCUGCUCACCGGUUUAUUCUCUAUGAUACGAGUAAUUAGCACAUGUGAAAUGUGUGUUCGAUGUGUUGUACGUGUAUCUAUGGUGAGUUACUACACGAUAUAAUUCAUCCGGUCGUCAACUCGUCAAUUGUAAAAUGACUUUUUUUUUUUGGUAAAUGUAUAAUAAUUAGGCCUUUUUUUCAGCUAUCAAUAUAGUUACAU